UAUACUAGGACUCUCUCCAUUCUUCACCGUACACAAUAUAACUGAAAUCUUUAACACCAAUCAUGUCGAAGGUGGUUUGUGUGACCGGAGCCAGCGGCGCCAUUGGAUCAUGGGUGGUGCUCCUCCUCCUUCAGCGGGGCUACACCGUUCAUGCCACCGUCCAAGAUAUCAAGGAUGAAAAGGAGACAAAGCAUUUGGAGGAAAUGGAGGGAGCUAAGAGUGGUCUCCGUCUCUUCGAAAUGGAUCUUCUUGACAUGGAUUCCAUUGCUGCAGCCGUGAAGGGUUGUUCCGGCGUAAUCCACCUUGCAUGUCCUAACAUAAUUGGUCAAGUCAAAGAUCCUGAGAAGCAGAUAUUGGAACCGGCCAUAAAAGGGACGGUGAAUGUGCUGAAGGCGGCGAAGGAGGCGGGGGCGGAGCGAGUGGUGGCGACGUCGUCCAUCUCCGCCAUAACGCCGAGCCCAAAUUGGCCAGCUGAUAAGAUUAAGGGAGAAGACUGUUGGACUGACCUUGAAUACUGCAAGGAGAAGGGGUUAUACUAUCCAAUUGCAAAGACUCUGGCAGAGAAAGCAGGGUGGCAGUUUGCUAAGGAAACAGGCUUUGAUGUGGUCAUGAUAAAUCCAGGCACAGCCUUGGGCCCUUUGAUUCCCCCAAGAAUCAAUUCCAGCAUGGCAAUGCUUGUUGGUCUUCUCAAAGGGGACAAAGAGACGUACGAGGAUUUCUUCAUGGGAAUGGCUCACGUUAAGGAUGUAGCCAUGGCACAUAUAUUGGCUCUUGAGAACAAAAAAGCUUCCGGAAGGCACUUGUGUGUUGAAGCUAUUCGUCAUUGGAUUGAUUUUGUUGACAUUGUUGCUAAUCUAUACCCUCAGUAUAACGUGGUUCGGUUGGAGCAUGAUACCCAACCAGGGUUGUUGAGAGCAAAGAAUGGAGCCCAAAAAUUGAUGGAUUUAGGUCUGGAGUUUACUCCUGCAGAACAAAUUAUCAAGGAAGCAGUGGAGAGUUUGAAGAGCAGGGGUUAUGUAUAAUCUAUGGUUGCUAUAGAAGCCUUUGGUAAUUGGUACUCAACAAUGCAUUGUUCUAAGUGGUGGUGAUGUUAACUGAUAUAUAUUUCACUAUCAUCACUUUAAUUUGAUCCAUGUUUCUGUUUUUACCUUUUUAAUUUUCGGUCGUGUGUUUGUGUAAAAUAAGGUUGCACAUGCAUCCCGUCACUGUAAUUGUCAAUAUAUUUGAUGAGUUAUAUAUCAAAGUUUAGUGGUUUCAUCUUUA